AUGUGUUCUUCGCAGGGGAACACUCGGCAGUCCUCUUCUUCAAACACUGUUUUGAGAGAGGCAAAGAAAAUUGUUGACGAUGCUUACAAGUACUCAAGAGAAGAGAGUCUGAGACGGGUUCGUAAAGAGGUGGUGCGUCCUCACGAUGCUCUCCGCCUGCUGAAGCAGCCUCGCGGUCGAACGCGCUCGGCUGCGAGAUCUGCAGACUACAUGGCACAAACCCUCCGCCUGCUACAGGAGAGGGUGCAUCAUGUGCACAAACGCUCACUCAACGUGACAGAUUUGCUCUCUGAAGAGGACCUGAAUAAGCUGUCAAAAAAUAACUGGAUGUGCAAGUCAAGUCACUUUCCUUCAUGCCGCACAACACCAAACCUCAACAACGUAUCGCACAGCCACCGGCGUCUGCAACACAUAAAAAACCCGCGCCACGGAUCCUCCAACACCCCUUUCGCCCGCUGGCUUCCUGCUGAGUAGGACGACGCCAUCUCCCAACCGAAGGGCAGGGACAGAACUCGAAGAUUCAACAACUUCUUGCUCCCACUGGUGCGACAGGUGUCCAACAACAUCCUGAGCACAACAAACGCAGGCCGUGGUCAACGACCGAGAAUACACUCACUGGUGACCACAUUUGGUCAAUGGAACGACCACGAUCUCACCUCCACGCCCUCCUCCCCCAGCAUCCGCUCCUUCAGCAACGGCAUCAACUGUGACGAGAGCUGUGAGCUAACCGAGCCAUGCAUACCCAUCCCGAUUCCUCCCGGCGACCCCCGCUUGCCCACCGGCCGAAACAGCUGCAUCCCUGCGUUCAGAUCGGCCUCUGUUUGCGGUUCAGGAACUGCCGCCUACAAUUUUGGCGGGGAACCUAAAAAGAGAGAGCAGAUCAACGCGCUGACGGCCCUUCCUGGAUCUGGGCCAGGUAUAAACGGCUCUGAUGAGCAGCUCGCCAAGAAUCUCCGAGAUCUCACAGUUGACGGCGGUUUUGCUGCGCGUCAACAACCGAGUUUCAGAGACAACAGACGUGAGCUGCUUCCUUCCACCCUAUGGGAGGCGAAUAUAUGCGCCCACUCGCAAUAGGGUCACCCAACGACACCAACAGCCAUAGAGGUCCCCUGUUUCCUCCUCGUGACGCCCCGCGUGGACGAGAACAUCGCUCUCACAUCUAUUCACACUCUGUUCAUGCGUGAGCACAACCGCCUGGCGCGGCAGCUGAAGAGAAUAAACCCGCAGUGGGACAGCGAGACGCUCUACCAGAGUGCCCGCAAAAUCAUGGGGGCUUACACACAGUUGUUUGUGUUCAGGGACUAUCUGCCUCACAUUGUGGGUCCUGUUAUAAUGCGUAGACAGCUUGGCCGUUUAACCCCCGGCUACAAUGCUAACGUGGACCCCAGCAUCGCCAACGUCUUCGCUACAGCAGCUUAUACCCCGCUUCGCCCACUUGGCCAUCCGCCACUCGUAUACCGUCUGGAUCAAAACUACAGGGAGAACUCCCGCUUACCCAGCGUGCCUUUGUACGAGGCCUUCUUCACACCCUGGAGGGUCGUCUUCGAGGGGGGCAUUGACCCCCUGCUCCGUGGUCUGGUUGGACGUCCUGAACUGAACACUCAGGAUCACAUGAUGGUGGACGCUCUGAGGGAGCGCUUGUGUCCAGUUUGUGAAGCAUCUGGCUUUGGAUCUCGUUCUCUCAACAUGGAGAGGGCUGACCACGGCUUGCCUGGCUACAACGCCUGGCGCAAGUUAUGUGGCCUGUCUCAGCCAGGGAACCAGGCAGAGCUCGCUCGGGUUUGAACAACGCCGACCUGGCCCGUAAGCUGCUCACUCUACGGGACCCCCGCCAACAUCGACGUCUGGAUGGGAGGCGUGGCGGAGCCGUUUGUCCGUGGCGGCCGGGUGGGGCCUCUGUUCGCCUGCCUCAUCGCAACACAGUUCCAGAGGAUCCGCCAGGGGGACAGGCUGUGGUACGAGAACCAGGGCGUGUUCACCCCGGCUCAGAGAGCUGCUCUGUCCACCUCCACCAUGUCCAGGAUCAUCUGCGACAACACCGGCAUCUCGACUGUCACCACCGACGCCUUCAGCGUCAUCUCAAACCGCAACAGAGGUGUCAGCUGCUCCAGCAUCCGACGCCUGAACCUGUCCGCCUGGAGGGAGAGGUGCAGAGGUCCGGGUGAUAACUGUAGAGGUGUCGGGGAAGAAGAGGCUGUAAAAACGACCUAGAGGAAACCCAGGGAACCCCGGGAACCCCAGGAACCUCAAGAGCCAAAGUCUCCCCAGGCACAUCAGGAACCUCAAGAGCCAAGUCUCCCCAGCCACAUCAGGAACCUCAAGAGUCCCAGGUUUCCCAGGAACCUCAAGUACCCCAGUCUCCCCAGGCACUCAGGAACCUCAGAGUCCAGGUUUCCCAGGAACCUCAAGUACCCAGUCCUCCCAGGCACAUCAGGAACCUCAAGAGUCCCAGGUUUCCCAGGAACCUCAAGUACCCCAGUCUCCCCAGGCACAUCAGGAACCUCAGAGCCCAGGUAUCCAGGAACCCUCAAAUACCCCGUCUGCCCAGGCACAUCAGGAUGUGAGGGGACUCCAGGACAACGAGAUCCAUUAACAAUCAAACAUCAAAAAAGACCAGCUGCCAGCUCUUCCCCAGCAAUGCUUCACUGUCAAACUCUGCCUUCUCCGUCCGCCUGGGCGAGUACAGCCCCUCCUCAGAGAGAGUCAUCCGUUUCCAAGAGGUCAUCUACAACAAACCGGGCCAAUACAGCACAGAGAAGGGCAGUUCACCUGCGUCAAUCCCCGGUGUUUAUCAAUUCAGCUUUCCUCUGCAAAUCUUUCCUCAGUUUCAGAAAUGUAUACCUGAUUCGUAACAACAAGGUGGCGCUGCGCAGCUUCAGGUUUUUCUGGGAGGUCUGCACAUAUUCAGCAGGGGACAUGCUGCUCUGGGCUCGGGGCGGGGCACAAAGUGUGGCUGGAGGCGAGUGGCGGGACGGUCGGCCUGAGCAGCCGAGAGCUACUUCUCCGGUCGACUGGUCUUUACGCUGCGUGACUCAAACGCUUCUCCUUACAGGCCGCUUCUAUUUAGACCCAUGGUCUGUCUGUCAAGAUCUGCAUUCCUCUCUGCACUGAGCUUCACUUUCCAUUAAUCACAUCUUAAAAAAUUCUAUGAUUUAUUAUUUACUUUUUUUUUAUCAGUAAUAUGAACAAAUAUUGGAUAGUUCAAGCAGCCUUACCAACAUGAAAUGUUUUGCCUCAAAUCUGUUCAGAUCUGUUACAGCAUGCAGUCUAUUGGACCAAAAAUAAAUCAGUAGCCAACUUUUAUGAUGUGAUUUAAAAGUGUUUUUAUUCAUAUUUAUGACUGAUAAAAUGUAAGACAGUG